AGAGUAACGUUUUUUGUAUUAUUCGGCGCGGGGGAGAUCUUUGAAGCUUUGUCACAACAACGAAUGAAAUAAAGUUCAGAUAAAUCCACCUUUAUUUUAGUCAAGAUGAACAAGAAACUCCAGAAGUGUGAGGUUGAAGAAAUUGAAAAGCAGAUAAGAGCACUUUUAGUAUCUGCUCCAAAUGGCCAGACACUAUUGGAACUAGACAAAGCAUUUAAGGAUUUUAUGUGCCGACCUAUUCCAUUUAAACAGAUGGGAUACGAAAAUGCAACAGAGUUUUUUCAAAAGAAUCCAAACAUAGGACGGUUAAGAGAAAUUAAAGGAGCCACUUUCGUUUAUGCGGUAGCCAGUGAAAAAGAUAGGCAUAUAGCAAAACUAGUUGCUGGACAAAAGAAAAAAGCUUCAAAUUUUUCUAAAAGAGCGGAAAAAGGUGUCCGUUUUGAAAAGAAGGUAUUUUAUAACAACAACGAUGACUAUUCACAUCGAAAAUUAUAUAGGAAUAAUUCUGAAUAUCACUUGAGCAGAACACAGCGUUUCGAUACAAGAGUAAUUACACGAUUUAACUAUUCAUCUAGAGAUAAUAAAGAAAAUAUGAAUAGAGGGACGACAGCAAAGUUUUAUAAACAAAAAUCAGUUCCAAAUUUAAGAACAAAUCAAGAUGUUACUUAUGUUCCUCACAAAAGUUACCAAGAUAAUCAUCCUGUUUGCCACUAUAAAAAUAUUGAAAAUCCUCUUAAAACUAUCAAAACAGCUUUCAAUCUCAUCGAUGUAAAGAGUUUACCUGAAUCAUUGUUCGCUAAAGUAGUUCAUACGAGAUGCCCAACUGAUUUUUACAUUCAUAUCUUUGGUAAGAAUAAUUUAGAUGAAUUUGAAAUUCUCCAAGAAGAGAUGGAAUCAUUCUACGACGAUGAAAUAAUAAAUACACGAUAUCGAUUAACGACAGCCGAUGUUUAUAUGGGCAAACCUUGCGCUGUUUUGUUUCUAAAAAAACUAUGGAGAAGAGGUGUAAUCUUACGAUUUCAGUCUACUCUUCGCAUUUACCUAGUCGACUUUGGUCAAAUAAGAGAAAUAAAUUUAAGUGAUGUUCGGCACCUAUCUGAUAAAUUCUUAAAACUUCCUGCUCAGGCUGUACCAGCCCGUUUGGCACAUAUUCAACCGUUACAUCAAAUCUGGAGUCAGGGAGCCGUUGCGUUUUUCCUCAAAAAUAUUGAUUCUAAAAAGUUGAAAUUACAGGUAAAGAAACUGGAAAAUGACUAUUGUUUAUCUUGCAUUUUAAAAGAUGAUACAGAGAAGAGUAUUAAUCAAAUCCUCUUGGAUAGAAGACUUGCCCGAUUUGACGAAUCGGAUAAUUUGAGAGAGUCUGAUUUUAUGCGUAAAGUUUUUCUUGGAGAGUUCAUCGAAGAAAAUGAAAGAAAAUUUAACGAUCAAAUAAGACAACUUGAAGAAAUUGAUGAAAUUAUGCAGUUUACUUAUUGCUUAUUCGUUAUAAAAGUAAAAAUAUUGGACAAAAUAAUUACAGUUGUAAUUACAGACUUUUUCAACGAUGAAUUAGAAGAAUAUAUCAUGGAGAGAGAUUGUUUAUUCUUAAUUAAAGAAUCUUCUGGAAAUUUACUAAAUAAAACUGUAAAAUUCACUUUAAAAUCCCAUCAACAGUCUCAUAGGAAAGUUAUACACUAUUUGAAAAGAAUAUAUAACAUUGAUAUAGGGGAAUUAAAUCUGGACUUAUAUCCAUUAAAAUAUCUUUCAACUGUAUCGUCAGACAAUAGAAAACUUGAUAAACUUAAUGAAUUAUUUAGAAAUGAAAAAUCGAAUUUCUCAUAUGAAGUUGCUAAUUGCAAAAGACAGUGUAUUGAACAGAUGAAAAGUCUGGUUAAUUGUGGACAAACAGGUCUAUUAGAAGAAUGUAAAGAGAAUCUUAAAACUUGCGUCCAAUUAUUAAGAGAAAACGGAGAGAAUAUCCUUGAAAUAGAGUACGAAGUGAAAGAACCCCCUGGCUUACGAAAGUGCGAAAGGCAGUUGGAAAAGCUUAAACUAGCAAGUAUUGACACUCAAAAGAUGUUUGAAGUUCAAAAUCAUAGCAAACAUAUAGGCUAUCACCGAAUUUUUGAUUGUUAA